AUGAAUUCUUUCCAAACUAACUCCCCUACACCAGAAGUAUCACCGUAUUAUAUGAACAAAUACCUUCAUACAGAACAACCAUUUCCUGAUAACUAUAUUGAAGAUUGGUUUUUAGAGGGGAUGCGAGUGAAUUAUCAUUUAGAUGUGUUGCCAUUAAAAGAUAUUGUAAAAGAGUCAUUGGCAUUAUCACAACAAAUAUCAACGGUAAUUAUGUAUAUGUGUAUUUUUCUACUUACUGCAAAAGAAAUGCUUUCAGUUAGAGGAGUGUAUGUUGCUGAUAUUAUUUUAUUGUCGAUGUGUUUCUUAUCAUGUAUUCCAUUAAAAAUAUCACCAACAGUAUUUUGUGGGUGGAGGUCAAUUAUUAUAUUUGGGACAGUGUGGGGAUUAGUUCCAGUAAUAUCAACAAUAACAACAGGUUAUUAUCCAGAUAGUAUUUAUAUAUUAUCAACGGUAUUAUUUAUUAUUCAUAUUUGUUUCUUUGAUUAUGGAUAUAUCAAUAAUUAUGUUGAUGAAAUUAAUGGAGUUUUAUCAUACAAUGCAGUAUUAUUAGCAUCUAUUGUAUUAGCAUCUAUAUUACCAAAGAAUGCAAUGGUAUUUCCAUUAAUUAGUUUGUCUAUAAUAUUAUUUGAAUUUAACCCAUUAUUUAGACAUUAUCUAUUAAAAAAGUCUAAAAAUAUGUAUUUUUUGUAUUCCAUUCUUCUUUUUAUUGCAACAUUUUGUUUCUGUUUUAUGCUUUCAUUUUGGUUUUCAAUCGUUUAUUUAUUCUGCGUUUCUCUUGGCACUUAUGUAGGACCGAAAUUUUGGUUAAAAAUCCAAUCAUUAAAAACUGAGGUUAGUGGUGCUUGGGAUGAGGCUGUACCAUCUACACAAUAA